UUUUCUUUUGUUAAUGUCAGCAGCUGAUUAAAUAAUCCUCCACGCUGUCGGUUUCUGUUCAGAAUUUGUUGUCUGGAUCAAUACGUGAUUUGUUCCGCAGGAAGUUGUUGGUUAGAAACCAGAAACUCAGCAGGAAUGUGAAGUUUUCGUUCAUUUCUGUUUCCUUUAGCAACAGAAAUGUAAAAUGUUUGGCAAAGCGGAACUAAUGGCGAGCAGACGUCUCCGGCCGGAACGUGACUGCGUGACAUCCGGCGGAAGUAGCCUGUUUAGCAGCGUUAGCUUCGGCUGUGUCGGCGCAUCUCAGCUGAAUAUUUGAUAACAAGAAAAAUGUUUUCAGAUCUGCGCCUGAGAAAGUUUAGAAGUGAUGGUCAUGUUUCAAAACUGGGAUUUACUGGGAUAAAAAACAGGAAACGUAUCCAAGUCCAGCGCGAGCAGGAGCGCGAGCAUCACGGCAGACCUCCGGACCUCAGCUGGAAACACACCGCAGACCUCCAGCAGCAAGAUGUCUAUAAGGAGGGGGAAGACCAGGAGGAACCAGAACCCCUGAACCAGGAGGAACCAGAACCCCUUGACCAGGAAGAACCAGAACCCCUGAACCAGGAGGAACCAGAACCCCUUGACCAGGAAGAACCAGAACCCCUGAACCAGGAGGAACCAGAACCCCUUGACCAGGAAGAACCAGAACCCCUGAACCAGGAGGAACCAGAACCCCUGGACCAGGAAAAACCAGAACCCCUGCAGAUGAAAGAGGAGCAGAUGGACCUCUUCAUCUGUCCAGAAUCAGGAGGUCCCCUCGAACUGAAACAGGAGGAUGAGACUUCUGUGGCAACUUUUAAUCAAAAGGAAAGUGGUCCCAGUGAACCAGAACCAGAACGAGACCCGGUUCUCUCUCCAGAUUCAGCUGCAGUUGAAAGCCAGGAUCAGGAAGGAGGGAAGCUUGUGGACUCAGGACCAGCCAACGGCGCUGUGGAGGGCGGCCGCAUGUCAGAGAGUCGGCGCAGCGCUGGCAGCGGGGAAAAGUCUAGAAGGUGUGAUGUUUGUGAAAAGACCUUCAGGUAUGAGUCGCAGCUGAAGAGCCACUACCGAAUCCACACAGGUGAGAAGCCGUACGCCUGCAUGGCGUGCGGGAGAAGCUUUACCCACAGCAGCUACCUGUCUGUGCACACGAGGACGCACACGGACGAGAGGCGCUUUUCCUGCCAAACCUGCGGGAAAAGCUUUAGACGCAACUAUUCUCUGCUCUGCCACACGAGGACGCACACGGGCGAGAAGCCGUACUCCUGCACGACAUGUGGGAGGGGCUUCUGCUACAGCAGCCACCUGACCGUCCACAUGAGAACCCACAGCGGGGAGAGGCCGUAUCCGUGUGAAAUAUGCGGCCAGGGCUUCAUCGACUGCGGCCAUUUGAUCGCCCACAUGAGAACUCACACCGACGAAAGGCAGUAUUUCUGUGAAACAUGUGGUAAGAGCUUCAGACGACAUUAUUCUCUGGUGUGCCACACGAGGACCCACACCGGUGAGACGCCGUAUUCAUGUGAAACGUGUGGGAGGAGCUUCAGGUACAGUAGUCAGCUGGUCGUCCACCGGAGGACGCACACAGGUGAGAAGCAGCGUCUGUGCAGCAUGUGUGGAAAAACCUUCCAGGACCAGGCGGCAUUGGGCCGCGACGGGAACCUGCGUGAGCUUUGUGGGACGUGUUUCAGUGAAAGUGGAUGUCUGAAACUGCACCCAGGCUUCCAGCAGUAUUCCUGUGAGGUGUGUGGGAAAGAGUGCCUCCAGAGGGGGGAUUUGGUCCGGCACAUGAGGACUCACACCGGUGAGACGCCGUUUUCAUGUCCAGCAUGCGGGAAGUGUUUCGGCCAGCGCGGACAUUUACUGGUCCACACGAGGACGCAUUCCGGUCCAACCUCCGCGGGGAAGAAAUUCACAGAGUUUGAAAAAAACAUCGUCCAGUACGAAGAAGAGAUCGAUCGUCAGCGCAGACUGCUGGAUAUCACCUGGAAACCACAGGGAAGCUCCCACACAGCAGAACUUCCACAACCACAGGGCUACAAGGAGGAGGAUCUUCGUUUGGACCACCAGUCAUGUGACCAAGAGGAACCAGGACUUCCACAGGUCAAAGAGGAACAGGAGGAAUUUCCCAUCAGUCAGAAGCUGGAGCAGACGGUGCUGCAGCAGGAGAAGGAUGUAUUUGCGGUGACUGUUACUGCAGAGGAAACGGACCACGGCGAACCAGACGAUGAGCAGCAGGAUGGAAACAGUCGCGGAAAUCCUGAGCAUAACCCAGCACAAAAUGCAGACGUCUGUCCUGAUUAUCAUACCUACAGUCGGGAAAAGCCGAUCAAAUUUGACGCUUUUGCAAAAUCCUUCAGUGAUGCAGUGAUGAUGAGGAGUUCGAACGACGCAGGUUUCAAGCCCCACGCUUGCAGAACGUGUGGGAAGAAGUUUUAUUUGAUGUCAUUAAUGAAAUGUCACGAAAGAACUCACACAGGGGAAAAGCCUUAUUCCUGCAAAACCUGUGGGAGGAGUUUUAAUCGUAGAAGUAAUUUUUUGUGCCACAUGAGGAUCCAUACGGGUGUAAAGCCGCAUGCUUGCAAAACAUGUGGGAGAAGAUUUUAUGUUAUUUCCCAGAAAAAGUAUCAUGAACGAGUCCACACGGGGGAAAAGCCGUAUUCCUGCAAAACAUGCGGGAAGCGUUUCACUCACAGGCAUGGUCUGAACGUCCACACGAGAACGCACACAGGUGAGAAACCAUACACCUGUACGACAUGCGGGAAAAGCUUUGCUCACUUAUCAGUACUGAAGAGGCACACGACGGUUCAUUCUGGCGAGAAGGCGUACUCCUGUGAUACCUGUGGGAAAGGAUUCCCUGACUUAACGGCACUGAAGCGACAUUCAACCAUUCACACAGGUGAGAAACAGUAUGUGUGCAAAACCUGUGGGAAGAGUUUCAAGCAAAGUGGCCAUUUGUUGUGUCACAUGAGAAUUCACACCGGUGAGAAGCCAUAUAUUUGUAGAACAUGCGGAAAAGGCUUCACCGGCCUGUCGGCACUGAAAAAGCACUCACCAGUCCACACAGGCGAGAAGGCCUUCUCCUGCCAGACCUGUGGGAAGAAGUUUUCCUACUUAUCAGCAGUAAAGAGGCAUUUAACUAUCCACACGGGCGAGAAGCCUUACUCAUGCCAGACUUGUGGGAAACAUUUCAGGCAAAGCUGGGAUUUGUCGUGCCACAUGAGGAUUCACACGGGGGAGAAGCCGUACUCCUGUCAGACAUGUGGCAAAAAAUAUAGCAACUCAUCAUGUUUGAGAAAGCACAUGGCGAGCCACAAAGGCCAGGUGGGGGGUUCAUGUGAGACAACAGCGGGAAAUUAGUCGCAUCACGUGAAGAAGUCGUGAAAAAGAAAAUGAUCUUAGAGAAGCAGCUGCUGCCCUUCAGUCGGGGACGGGGAUCAGGUCAUUUCCAGAUUUAUCUUGGGCAGAAUUAAGAAGAUUUUAAAGUCUUAAUUCGCUGAAUUUCAGUGUCAUAAAUAGAAUUAAUGGUGGCUUUGUUAAAUCUGAAUAUUUUGCUUUACCUUGAAUUCUGUUGGCUUGUUUUUGUGAUUAAAUGUUGAUUUAGUUGUUUAUAAGUGUUCCCUCAGAUCUCCACCCCAUCGGUGAUAUAAGGACAAAUAGGCGAGCAGCAGAGCAGCAGAAAGUUUUUAGAUGUUUUAGUUGUAAUGUAUGUAGUACAGUACAGAAUGUAGUUUGUCUUAAUCUUGACAUGGAUUCAGGGAGAAAUCAAUCAUUUCAAACCAUUUUUGGGAUUUUUCCAGUUCUUUCUCCACAGCUCUUAAGAGUUGUUCCAGAUUUUCUCCUCCACCGAACACAGUUGUGUCGUCAGCAGAUAGUAUGUAUUUUACACAUUUGAGUACGUAACGCAUGGAUUCGUGUAGAAAACGAAUGGACCGAGUACAGAACCUUGAGGGACGCCUCACGUGACCCCUGAGAGUGGUGAGUCAGUAAUAUUUCUAUGAACGUAGUGAUUCUGGUUCUUGAAAACUUGCUGACCAGUUGGGACCAGUCCCUCUCAUACUUGAUAUUUUCCUGGUUUUCUUUGCACAUCGGUAGCUGCAUGGUUUUUCUUUUAUUAUCGGAUUUUUUCCACCAAGCUGAGCACAGUUAAUGUGUUUUCCCUAAAACUGUGCAGCUGUCACAUAUAUUAUUUCACUAUUUUUACAAACUGGAACAAUAAUGGAAGCAAAGAUUGAAUAUUUGAAUAUGUUUGUUAUCCUUUAUGCGCAUGUUAAAGCCGUGUACAUCUAAAGUUUUCUCUUUUUUACUUCAUGUACUGUAUUGUUUGUCUUGAAUAAACGUGGUUUGACUGUU